GGGGGUCAGGGAGAAACUAGGUUUCAGGGCUGGUCCUUCAAUAUCACCAACAGACAAAUCUGCUUAGAUUUUCAUUGUGAUGUCACAAAAGCAAUUGAAAAAUUUGUUUGGAACCUAAAAGAUUCAAGUUAUGAAAGGUUAGGGUUGGGGGGCAGCUUACUGACAAGCAAGGAUGAAUUUAAGGUACCAGAGAGGGUUUUGGAAUGCCAUUUCCAGGACACACUUCAAGAAGGUCUUAUGGACCUGAAUAAGAGGAUUAAAAUAUGCUCAAUCUACUAUUCCAAAGAUAUUACCAAUAAAAUUCUUGCCCUUUGGCCCCAGGAUGCUGUCCAACCUAUACCAAUGGUUCUGGAAGGAUGAGUUCUGGUUUCCUGCUGGAUACACAUGGACUGACAUGGAGGAUGCCAAUGGGGUCACAUACCCUCAUCCCAAAGACCUCCUGGCAACCAUUCCCUUAGCAUUCAUCUUAGUGAUUGUCCGAUAUAGCUUUGAGAGGACCAUUGGUAUACAUUUGAGCAGAAUCAUGGGUGUUCGUGACCACAUUAGAUUAAAGGCUGCCCCCAACCCCAAUCUGGAGUCCUUUUUUCAGACUCAGAGUUGGAAUCCCAAAGAGGCUCAGCUGAGUCUCCUGGUCAAUCAGUGUGGCCUUUCUGUGAGACAGGCUCAGUGCUGGUUUCACUAUCGAAGGAACCAAGAACAGCCAAAUUUGACAAAGUUCUGUGAAUCCAGUUGGCGAUUUUUAUUUUAUUUUUCUUCUUUCUUUGGUGGCCUCUUUACCCUCUACAAUGAGACAUGGUUUUGGGAACCCACAACAUGCUUUGAGGGAUACCUCAAUCAGCCUCUGAAGAUUGGUAUAUAUUGCUGGUACUUGCUGGAGAUGAGCUUCUACCACUCUUUGCUGCUCACUCUGCCCUUUGAUGUGAAGAGGAAGGACACCAUGGAACAUGUCAUCCACCACUUUGUCACCAUUACCUUGAUGUUCUUCUCCUAUUGUUGCAACUUUGUGCACAUUGGUGCCCUGACACUGUUGCUACAUGACAUAACUGACGUCUUAUUGGAGGCCAAUAAGAUGUUCCAUUAUGCACAGUGGGAAAACACAAGUGAAAUACUCUUCAUCAUCUUUUCUGUGGUGUUCAUUUUUAACCGGCUUAUUCUCUUUCCAACCAAAAUCAUCAAUACUACCUUGUAUCAUUACACAUUAAAGCCCUUCUUUGGAUAUUAUGUAAUGAUUACCUUCUUGAUAAUCCUGCAGGGUCUCCAUGUCUUCUGGUCCUAUUUCAUUCUCAGUAUGGUCUAUUCAUUUGUUGUGGAUGACGAGGUGAAGAAUGAUAUGAGGAGUGACUCAGAGGAACAAGACACAAGUGAUGAGCAGACCAAACCAGAAAGGGAAAGGAAAAAGAGCAUCCAAUAUAGUGAUGACACCAACUCUAGCAAUCUCCUUCGGACUCGAGGACAAUUGGUCCUAAAGAACUGACUACUGCGCCUGCUCCAGCAUUAUAACCUAGUAUAGCCUAAGGCCAUUGGAUGGCCCACUUGAGAGAGGAAACCUGGAUGAUGUAUCUUCUGAAAAUUACAUCAUUUUGAGAAA